AUGGCGGACAAGGCAGUGACCAUUAGGACUAGGAAGUUCAUGACCAACAGGCUCCUUUCCAGGAAACAAUUUAUCAUCGAUGUUUUGCAUCCUGGGAGGCCCAAUGUUUCCAUGGCGGAGUUAAAGGAGAAGCUUGCUGCAAUGUACGAGGUCAAAGACCCAAAUUCAAUCUUUGUGUUCAAGUUCAGGACUCAUUUUGGAGGCGGUAAAUCUACCGGAUUUGGUUUGAUUUAUGAUUCGGUUGAGAGUGCGAAGAAGUACGAACCCAAAUACAGGCUGAUUAGGAACGGACUCGAUAAGAAGGUGGAGAAAUCGAGGAAGCAAAUGAAGGAACGGAAGAACAGGGCUAAGAAGAUCCGUGGAGUGAAGAAGCUCAAGGCCGCUGAAUCAGCGAAGAAAGGUAAAAAGUGAGGAUUGCUUGUGCUU